GUAUCGUUAAGUGAAUGAAAGUUAAACCAUCAGCGACAUACUGGUUUCAAAAAAUUGUUCAUUAACUGCAGUAAAAUUAGUAAACAUUAAAGUGCUACCUUUCCUAGAUCAGGCACCACCUGGACUCAGGAGAUGGUGUGGUUACUAUGCAAUAAUUUGGAUUUCCAAACGGCUGCAAAGGUGCCGUUAGAAGAUCGAUUUAAAUUUCUGGAAUUCAGUUGCUUUAUCCAUAAAAAAGUUAAAGAAGAGUUCCUGAAGGAAAAUAUGGCUAAUCCAGAAUAUUACAAGAUCGUACAGUCAAUUGAUAAUCCAAGUUGGGAAACAUUAACGAAAUCACAAGAACGACGUUUCAUUAAAACCCAUUUACCGUUUAGUUUAUUGCCCCCUAGUUUGCCUCAAGCUGGAUGUAAGAAAAAACUGGGGAUUAUCUUGAAAGACGAAGAACCUUUUGUAAGAAAAGGCAAAAAUGGAGGAUGGAAAGAUUACUUUGAUAACGACAUCGACGCUGAAGCAAAUGAAUGGAUAGAGAAAAAUUUGAUAGGAACUGAUUUACGAUUUCCUGCAUGACAAGACAAGUGAAAGUUUCUUUAAUUAUGAAGUUCUCAUUAUAUACGUAUGCUAAUAUAAAUUGUAUUUUCUCCAUAAAAAGUUAGUAAAAGUAAAAUUUUGCUAUUCUAGCAAAAUAGCAACCUAAUAAAUAUACAUUAGCAUUUCAAA